AUGAAUCGUGAAACUUCAACAAACACUCCUGCACCAAUCAGCACCAGCGCCGCCGAAAUCAAUUCAGCACAAGAAGAAUGGACUGAGGAUGGCGCGAUGGCGAUGCUGGAGCAAGAGUUGCACUCAAUUUCUUUGGCAGCUUUGCCUGACCUAUUUGAUGAUGAUGAUUCAAUUUUACUUUAUAUCAGUGAGGAUGCAUUCAAUCAUCAUCAACUAGGUCAGGCCAUCCCAACAUCAUCAUCAUCUCCAGCCAAUCAACUAGGACAGGCCAUCCCAUCAUCAUCAUCAUCAUCAUCUCCAGCCACAUCAUUCGCGUCACCCUCACCACUGUCAGUCUCCCCCCAGCCCACAUUCCCCCCUGCCUGUCCGGCAUACCAACCAGCCCGAGCAGUGCUGCCUCCCCCCGCCGGACCAUCAUCUCCAGCCACAUCGUUCGCGCCACCCUCACCACUGCCAGUCUCCCCCCAGCCAGCAUUCCCCCCUGCCCGUUCAGCAUACCAACCAGCCUGA